AUGUUAACAGGGUCUCUUUUUUAUUCACUUAUACAGGUUUUAUUGAUUAAGUACUGGAUUCUGGAUCAAACCCAUGUGGAGCUGAGCGGGACAGAGAUCUUGGGGAGGGGGGGUGGCGGGCUAACAGCGCUUUUAAAGCCUCCAGGCACCCAUAAUUUGAAUAUCUACUCCGUACCCCCGCUGCAAUCCGCCUCCGACCAAAGCAGUCCUUUUCACCGAAGCACACCGCAUCCAGGUAACAUAACUUCGCCUCUCAUGAGCGAUACGCCCUCCUCGCCACCGAAAGCUCCACGACGCAAACCCGUGCCUGGCAGAGGCUUUCCGAAGACUCGGCGCGGCUGCUUUAAUUGUAAGCGGCGUCGUGUUAAGUGUUCUGAGCACCGGCCCGAGUGUCAAGGCUGUCGCCGCAUGCGCUUACCAUGCAUUUAUCCCGCAGCUGUCCUGCCUGAUCCUCAGGCAGUCCCUUCAGCGCCCAUAGUCAAAGUAUGCCUCGAUCAUCUGCGGUUUUUCCAUCAUUUCCUCACCGAAGCAUAUCCACCGCAUCCGUAUGGCGCCUCAGCUGUAUGGCAAGAUGUGGCUGCGCUCUCACAUAAAUAUGAGUUCCUGGCCUCAAGCAUACUAGCUCUUGCUGCCCAGCACCUUACUGUGUCCAAUAAAGCCGACUACUGUGUGCAGGCUCUAAAUCUCAGAAUCUCAGCUAUCAGAGGCUUAAAUGAUGCUCUAUCGCAACCUUGUCAUACCGCAGCCGAUGCAGACGCUCGUUAUGCUGCAAUCAUCGGCCUCACCUUCCAGUCUACCUAUAUGCCAGACGGUUUGAUGGAAUUUAUAGCAAUGAUGCGUGGAUGGAUGCUCAUCUCGACGACUCUCGUAACUGACCAUGGGAUAUCCAUGUUCCGUCAAUUCACGCGCGAUUCGUGGGUUGGAAGUAUGGAGAAGUUCAUGGAGGAGCAACACGGAACCACUGAUGAUAUAAUGAUUGAAGACUUCCUCGCUUCUCUCAAAAUACUCCAACCAUUACUCCAAGGACAAGCUGAGCUUCAGUACUUCUCAAGACUGGAGAGAUUAGCUCUACUGAGCAAAGCUUCGCCACGAGACGCACUCUUGGAAAUGGUACUCUGCUACGCUCUGACAAACAAGAUGACAGAUGAAGACUAUGUCAGCUUCACGGACCCUUCCAACUACGGGGCCCAGAUCCUUCUUGCGCACUUCUUGAUACUGAACCAUAUGCUAGAAGAAUGCUUCCUCGGCAGUACGAGCAGACGGUUUUCUUUUUCGAAACAGAUCACCCGGUCCUGGAUCUUGAAUAUUGGGAGACGUUUGCCUGACGAGUUGCGGAGGUACAUCAUGUGGCCUUUGGGUCAGGCAAGAGACCUUACUGUCUAG